CUCAUUCCUUCCUCCUGGGGCGCCCCUCCCUGACUCUCCUGUCCCUCCACAGCUUCAUAUCCCUCCUGUUUAUACAGCAGUGUAGUAGAGCUGGGGCCAGUGCAGCGCUGAAGCCAGGAAACUAUCCGUGUGUCAGUUCACUACAGCUAGAGGAGCUGCCACUUACCAUAUCAUAGGGAGGGGAACUGGAUCUGUUCCCCGCCCUCCUUCCAAGCUGUGAACCAGCACACCAGAGAAUAAGGACAUGCAGCUCCUGAAGAGGUAAACGCCGCUGGGAGGGAGCGAGCUGUCAUUAGCCCACAGGGGCUGGGCUGUAGCGUGAGAGGAGACUGGUCUAUCAGGCACAUUACACUGCCCCUCUGUCUUAUCACUUCAUGCACAGCGGCUUCUUGUUUGAGUAAUUGGAAACUCGCUACGGCAUUUGCGUAACUUCUGUGUCAAAAGCAGCUUUCAAGAAACUACUAACUUUGCUCAGGAGUAACAAUCACAGCGGAUGGUGCAGAUCAGAAUGACUGCUACUUUUACCUGCCUAUCUCACGCUGCUCAUCUAUCUGCACACAUAUACUGAGCACCCCGGACUCUGCAUACAGUACAUUCAAUCCAGUGAUUUAAAUCUCAGCAGCUGCAUGUGAUGUGACAGUUAUGGAAUCUAUCUCCAGGUGAAGGGGGGAUUUGCUUUAAAAUACAAGGGGCUGAUCAAUGCCCUAGAUAGGCUGUAGAACUGACAAUUUAAGACUAAAUAGCUAUAAAAUAAAGUGGCAUCUCGGAUGUAAGUAGGGGUAGGUGCCCAUAGAGUACCCAGACAGCAUGGACAGCGCUGGCACCUUUACAGUUGUGCAGACAACUAUGGACCCCGGAGGUUGUGUUCGGGAUCAGGCUGGAGUGGAUCAGUCCAGCAACCUCUCUACAGUGGCAGUGUCUGGGGGUGCAGCUCCUGAUCCCCCAGGAGGAGGUUCAGGUGGUGAGGGCACUCAAUGGCUCAGCAAGCAGAGGUCCCUCAGAGUGGUCUAUGUGCUCAAUGACAGCCCCAAGUCAGCUAUGGGGGCCAGCCCGGAGGCAGGAGCUCUGCACUGCUUACGCCGAGCCUGUGAGGCUGAGGGGGCACAACUUACCAGCGUCAACUUCGGGGAGCUGGACUUUGGGGAGACUGCAGUAUUAGACGCCUUCUAUGAUGCAGAUGUUGCCGUAGUGGACAUGAGCGAUGUAGGCAGACAGCCUUCCCUGUUCUAUCACCUCGGGGUGCGUGAAAGCUUUGACAUGGCGAAUAAUGUCAUUAUCUAUCAUGAUACUGACCCAGACACCUCUCUUUCACUUAAGGACAUGGUUGCUCAAAAGAACACAAUGCACGAGAUGUCAAGGCACUGGUUCCAAGGUGCCAACUCACUUUUGAAUGAGGCUUCAAGUGGUAACUAUUACUUUAUUUCAUACAUUGAGACACCCUCUGGGGAUUAUUUUUGUUGCGAGAGUGAUGCUCAGCGUAGAGCCUCUGAAUAUAUGCAACCAAACUGGGACAACCUCUUGGGGCCUUUGUGUAUGCCUUUAAUGGACAAGUUCAUAAGCCUACUGAAAGAUAUUCAUAUUACUUCAUGUACCUACUACAAGGAAACACUACUUAAUGAUAUCCGAAAAGCCAGAGAUAAAUAUCAAGGAGAUGAACUUGCAAAAGAACUGACCAGAAUAAAAUUACGAAUGGACAAUACAGAGCUUCUAACAUCAGAUAUUGUCAUUAACCUUCUUCUAUCAUACAGAGACAUUCAGGAUUAUGACGCAAUGGUCAGACUGGUUGAGACUCUAGAAAUGCUGCCAACAUGUGAUUUAGCAGAUCAACAUAAUAUAAAGUUCCAUUAUGGAUUUGCUCUUAAUCGUCGGAAUAAUGCUGGUGACCGAGAGAAAGCCCUCCACGUGAUGCUGCAGGUACUGCAGGCUUGUGACCAUCCUGCACCUGAUAUGUUUUGCCUAUGUGGGAGGAUUUACAAAGACAUGUUCCUUGACUCUGACUGCAAGGAUACCAAAAGCAGAGACAGUGCUAUUGAAUGGUAUCGCAAAGGUUUUGAGCUCCAGCCAUCUCUGUAUUCUGGAAUUAACCUUGCUGUUUUACUCAUUGUUGCUGGGCAACAGUUUGAAACUUCCAUGGAACUCCGAAAAAUAGGUGUACGUCUGAAUAGCCUUCUUGGAAGAAAAGGGAGUUUGGAGAAAAUGAACAACUAUUGGGAUGUAGGACAAUUCUUUAUUGUCAGCAUGUUGGCCAGCGACAUUGGGAAGGCAGUUCAAGCAGCCGAACGACUGUUUAAGCUGAAGCCGCCAGUUUGGUACCUAAGAUCUGUAGUACAGAAUCUGUUGUUAAUCCAGCGCUUCAAGAAACUCAACACUGAACAUUCUCCAAGGCAAGAGAGGCUGAAUUUCUGGAUGGAUAUAAUUGUUGAGGCAACCAAAGAGUCCACAAAUGGGCUGAGAUUUCCUGUCUUAGUGCUAGAACCUACUAAGGUUUACCAGCCCUCAUACGUUUCAAUCAACAAGGAAGCUGAUGAAAGGACUGUCUCCCUAUGGCACGUCUCUCCUGUGGAAAUGAAAGGGAUUCAUGAAUGGAAUUUUACCGCAUCCUCUAUACGGGGCAUAAGUAUAUCCAAAUUUGAUGAACGAUGCUGCUUUCUCUACGUUCAUGACAACUCUGAUGAUUUUCAAAUAUAUUUUUCUACAGAGGAUCAGUGUAGUCGGUUCUGUACCCUUGUCAAAGAGAUAAUUACAGAUGUCGUAGGAAGUACUGUAGAGCUGGAAGGAGAGGCAGAUGGAGAUACAUUAGAGUAUGAAUAUGACUAUGAUGAAAAUGGAGACAGAGUAAUCUUGGGCAGAGGCACUUAUGGCGUUGUGUAUGCAGGCCGUGAUCUCAGUAAUCAGGUCAGAAUCGCAAUCAAAGAGAUACCUGAGAGAGAUAGCAGAUACUCCCAACCCCUGCAUGAAGAGAUCGCUCUACACAAAUAUCUUAAGCACCGCAACAUUGUGCAGUAUCUUGGUUCUGUUUCAGAGGAUGGUUAUAUCAAAAUUUUCAUGGAACAAGUACCAGGAGGCAGUCUAUCCGUUCUUUUGAGGUCAAAAUGGGGCCCUAUGAAGGAGCCUACAAUAAAGUUUUACACAAAACAAAUCUUGGAAGGCUUGAAAUAUCUUCAUGAGAACCAGAUUGUACAUAGAGAUAUUAAGGGGGAUAAUGUCCUGGUGAAUACUUACAGUGGAGUGGUGAAAAUUUCAGAUUUUGGCACCUCAAAGCGACUAGCUGGUGUUAAUCCGUGCACAGAAACAUUUACAGGAACUUUACAGUACAUGGCCCCCGAGAUCAUUGAUAAAGGCCCUCGGGGAUAUGGGGCUCCUGCUGAUAUCUGGUCUCUUGGUUGCACAAUUAUUGAGAUGGCGACUGGCAGGCCUCCCUUCCAUGAGCUGGGUGAGCCCCAAGCUGCAAUGUUCAAAGUUGGGAUGUUUAAAAUCCAUCCUGAAAUACCAGAGUCACUGUCGGUGGAAGCCAGAGCUUUCAUAUUGCUGUGCUUUGAACCAGAUCCUGUUAAGAGGGCAACAGCAGCUGAUCUACUCAGAGACUUCUUCUUAAAGCAAGUAGUCAAGGGCAAGAAGAACAAAAUUGCCUUUAAACCCUCAGGUGUGUCUUCAUCUAGCUCUGGGUCUAUGUCAGAAACCUCAACCAUUGAGGAAACAGAGGCAGGUUCAGGAGACUAUAAUCGCAGUGUUUCGCUGCCAAUCCCAAUGCACGGCGAGCUGGUCGGUAGUAGCAGCAGUGAACAUGGAUCUGUAUCUCCUGAUUCAGACGUAAAACAUGAGAUGUUCUUUGACAAAGCAAAAAGAAGUCAUUCAGAAAUUGCCUCAAGCAAAGCUCCUAUAUCCAAUUUAUUAAGUAUUCCAGAUGACAGUUCUGUAUCAGAAGAUAGAAGUACACCUACCUCGCCAGACGAGAGAGACUCUGGCUUGUUUCUUCUCAGAAAAGAUAGUGAAAGACGAGCAAUAUUGUUCAAAAUCCUCAAAGAGGAACAGAAUAAAGUGUCCUCAAACCUACAAGAAUGUCUCAUGCAGAGCUCAGAAGAUGUGCAACUCUCAGUCACCCAUAUCAAGCAAAUAAUCAGUAUCCUGAGGGACUUUAUUCGCUCUCCAGAGCAAAGAGUCAUGGCUUCCACUAUAUCCAAACUUAAAGUGGAUUUAGACUUUGACAGCACAUCCAUUAACCAGAUUCAGCUUGUUCUGUUUGCGUUUCAGGAUGCGGUCAACAAAGUUUUAAGGAAUCACUUAAUUCGACCUCACUGGAUGUUUGCCAUGGAUAAUAUAAUUCGCCGUGCAGUCCAAGCAGCUGUCACUAUUCUUAUCCCUGAGCUUAGAGCUCACCUGGGACCUGCCUCUGAGAGCGAAGGAGUGGAUAAGGAGGUGGAAGAUGAAGAUUACCAACCAGUGGAACAAAAUGGCACUGAAGAGGUUGCAAGGACAUCUGGCGUAAGCACACUCAACUCGGUUGUUUCCCAUGAGUCACAAAGCCAGCAGCUCAACCUACAGCUGGGUAAAUUGAGACAAGAAACAAACAGGUUGCUGGAAGAUCUUAUACAGAAGGAAAGGGAGCACCAGUUCCUUUUAAAACAAUGCCUGGAACAGAGGAACCAUGAUAUGCAUCUUCUUCAAAUCAAGUCCAUUUCUCAUGAUGUCCCAAGGAUAUCCGCAUCAUAUGUAUCACUUGGCAAAACGCGAGACCAAGAGCUUGUUGAUUGGCUGAGGCAGCAUGGAGCUACUGAAGAUGUAGUGGAGCAGUUUGUUGAAGAAGAUUAUACUCUUUAUGAUGUUCUGCAUGACAUCACCAAAGAUGACCUUCGAUGUCUAAAACUAAGGGGCGGACCCCUCUGCAGACUAUGGAAAGCAAUAUCAAAAUACAGAAAACCUAACAAGAAAAUCAAUGCUGACAAUUAACUGUAUAAAUACUUUAGGCACAUCGGUAAUAUGUAAAUGUAUCAUAAAAAGACAAAAGCAUUCCAAUCUUUAAUUUAUUUACCUUUUGUACACUAUUUGUGUAGAUAUUUUCUCCUCUGUACCUCUUUGUAUAUGUAGAUAAUUUCAUAUUCUUCUCUCUACUCAAAUGUCUGCAAAAUAGGACGUUUUCUAUGGCAGAUUUUAAGUUACUGUAUGAAAAAAUGGAAAAUAAUCUUAAUAUCAAAUUUCUAAAAUAUA